CAUCUGAGCGGAGUGGCAACGCUGGCGGUGCAACCAGGGUUGCGCUGCCAGCCAGAACAUCUGUAGCAGAGAAUAAAAAAACGAGAAGUUUUCUGGACUUCGUUUCUUUUUUAUCCCCAAACAAAUUGGAAUCACGCUCGCUUCGCACAGCAAAAAAUCAUCUAGUGGCGGCAACCUGCUCCUCCAUUCCGGGGAUUAUGGACCACCACACGUACGCCAAGUGCGGCUCCAAAAAAUGGUCCGCGGAGGAGAAACGGGAAUUGGUCGCCCAACGGAUUGCGGCGGAUGAGCUGUUCUCGCGAUAUUCACCGAAACACGCGGAGCCAUGGAAGAAAUUCAAGGACAUGGCCAAGAUCGGGGACUUCAGCGAGAUAGCGCUGCGCAAGCAAUGGUUCUCCAUGGUGCAGCGCUACCGCAUCCACAAGGCCAACUCGGUGGGCACCCUGCUCAACAGGCAGAGCAUCGAGGAGCUGAACAAGGAGUGGGAGUUCUUCGGACCGAUCCACGCCUACAUGAACCAAAAGACCGCCGACCUGCACUCGUACGCGCUCAAGGAGCCGAAUGUGGAGCCGCCCAACAACAAUCUGGCCAUCGCCAGUGUCUAUUCCUGCGACGAGGCGCAGCUUUCACCGCUGAUGCUUGGCGUAAUGAAUGACCACAACUUCGGGGAGCGUUCGCCGCCAAAUGAAAACACCGGCGGUGAAGCCGAGGAAAUGGAGGAGAAUGCGUCGCCCUGCCAAGGAAACAGCAGCAACAAGGAGGACCCCGUCCACAGCAACAACGAGGAGCUGGACCGACUGCUGGCCGAGGCUGCGAUGCGCAAGGAUUCGGUCGGCGGUGGAGGCGAACCUGGUGAGGAGGUGUGCACAUACCACGAGAUGGAGUGGGGACCAGUGAUGGUCGGCGGAGAGGUAUCGCUGUCUAACAGUCGAUACAAUGACUUCGACGACUCGACAUCGCCCACAACAACAACGACGACGGUUGUGAAGUCCGAACAGCCGGAACAGCCAAGCGAACCGGUGGCCAAAAUAGCAAGGAAGCGACACCGCAAGGUGCUCAGUGAGAAGGAUAAGUAUUACAGACACCGUCGUCGCUACGAGCAGCGAAUGGAGAAGCGGCUGAUGAGUCUGUGCACCGUGGUUGGCACGCUUCUAAAGCAGUUUGCCCCGCACAUGGAUGUCCAGCCGCUUUUGGCACUCGGCAGCGACGUGGCCCUGAACUCGCCGGCACAAAGUAGCAGUGACGAUAGCGAAGCGGAGGACGACGAGGAGCAAGCAAUAACGAAGCAGGAACUGGGAGUCGAUGCGGAUGCCAUGUCACUGAGAAUCUAAGCGAGCUCUUUGACAAGGUGCUCGGUGCUCGGUGCUUCGGUCGACUGUUUGCUUCAGGAUUCGUGUUAGUUCCUAGCUGUGGCUCCACAAUGGUAUCGUGUGGGCGUUCAAAUCCCAUCUCAUAUGUAUUUCUAAAAAGGCGCUAGCAGAAAUCCCGAAUGCGCGCGGAUCGCUAGCGCUUCGAUAUAUAUACAUGCAUAGAUAGACACGUUAAGUGAUAACGCAAACUGAAUACAUUAAUCAAAUGAAUGAAUGUAAACACUAGAUAAACAGAAAGCAAACCAAAUACAAAACGUAUGGAAAGUAA